GGUUCAUCAAAAACUUCCCUCCCUUUCAACAAAGACUCAUCAGCAGAGCCCCCCAAAAACCACCGCCGUCUCCCCUUUUUCAUCUCUAUAAAUACCCUCUUCCCCCCUUUCCUUCCAUUUCCGAUGCGAACACUGUUCAUCCCCAAAUUCCCACUCAGUUCCCUAUUUGUCUUCCCCAAUUCUCCAUUUCCAUUCCUAAUCGACGCCUUCCGAUCCCUUUCUUUCCACUCCCUUCACCGAUCUCCGUCCUCCGCCGCCUCUUCUUCUCCGACCAUGCCUCCCCGUCUCGCUAUGAUUUCUCAUGUCGACUCUGACGGCCCACUCGCUCGGAGAUUGUGGAAUAAGUGCCGUAGAGAGUCGAUACUCUCGAUGUACACCCCUUUCUGCGUUUGUCUAGCUUGUGGGACUCUUAAUAUUGAUACAUUUCGUCACUAUAUCGACCAGGAUGUUCAUUUCCUCAAAGCUUUUGCUCGAGCAUAUGAACUAGCUGCAGAAUGUGCUGACGAUGAUGACGCAAAACAUUCAAUCAAUGAGCUGAGGAAGGCAGUGUCGGUAGAACUGAAAAUGCAUGCUUCAUUUGUUAAGGAAUGGGCUGCUGCGGAUGGAAAAGAAUCUCCUGUCAACCCUGCUACCAUCAAAUACACUGAUUUUUUGUUGGCAACGGCGUCCGGUAAGAUUGAAGGAGCUGAAGGUCUUGGUAAUCUUGCAACCCCAUUUGAAAGAACAAAGCUUGCUGCUUAUGCUCUUGGUGCCAUGACACCCUGCAUGAGGUUGUACGCCUAUUUAGCUACAGAGUUUAAAGGAGUUCUUGGUGCUCUCCAUGGUGAUCACCCCUACAAGACGUGGAUUGAAAACUAUGCAUCUAAAGGUUUUGAGGAAGCAGCUGAGAAAACGGAAGAUGUGCUUGAGAAACUUUCAGCGACUUUGACAGGUGAAGAGCUUGACACCAUUGAGAAGCUGUACCACCAAGCUAUGAAACUCGAGCAAGAAUUUUUCUGCUCGCAGCCUGUUUCCCAGAAGACAGUGCUUCCUUUGAUUAAAGACCACAAUCCUGCAGAGGAUCGACUGGUUCUGUUUUCUGAUUUUGAUUUGACGUGCACCGUUGUCGAUUCUUCUGCCAUUCUGGCUGAAAUUGCAAUUGUGAGAGCUCCAAAACCUGAUCAGAUUCAACCUGAAGACCAACCCUUUACCCGAAUGUCAUCAGCUGACCUCAGAAACACAUGGGGUGUUAUUUCCAGGCAGUAUACAGAAGAGUAUGAGGAAUGCAUAGACAAAGUCAUGCCUCCUAAAACUGUGGAAUUUAAGUUUGAAGAUCUGUGUACAGCACUUGAGCAACUCUCUGAUUUUGAGAAAAGGGCAAAUAAUAGAGUCGUCGAGUCCGGAGUACUUAAGGGUUUAAAUUUUGAAGAUAUAAGACGAGCUGGUGAACAUCUUAUUAUUCAAGAUGGUUGUUUUAAUUUCUUUGGAACUGCUUGCAAGAGUGAAAAUUUGAAUGUUGGUGUCCACAUUCUCUCUUAUUGUUGGUGUGCGGAUCUCAUUAGAUCAUCUUUUAACUCAGGUGGUUUACUAACUCAAGUGACUAUACAUGCCAAUGAGUUUGCGUUUGAAGAAGCAGUUUCCACGGGUGAUUUAGUUAGGAGGGUAGAAUCUCCCCUUGAUAAAGUCAAUGCUUUCCGUAAAAUCCUGGAAAACUAUGGCAAUGAUAGAAACAACCUCACCGUAUACAUCGGAGACUCUAUUGGUGACUUGCUUUGCCUACUCGAAGCAGAUAUAGGAAUUGUUAUUGGGUCGAGUGCCAGUUUAAGGAGAUUGGCAACUCGAUUUGGAGUUUCUUUUGUUCCGUUGUACCCCAGUGUGGUAAGAAAACAGAAAGAUCUUACCGAAGAUUCACGACGUAGUUGGAAAGGAUUGUCUGGUGUCCUUUACACGGUCAAUUCUUGGGCUGAAAUCCAUGCUUUUGUUCUUGGAUGCUAGAACCAGGCUCUUUUUUUGUGGUUCUCAUUCAUCUCAACUCGUUUGGUUUUUCGAUAUUACCGAGCAUCAUCGAUUGUAAAGAAGAUACAAGUUGAUGGCAAAUUUUGUAGGGCCAACAACAACGUUUCAGUGUCGUUUGUCCGUCCUCCAUUAAUUGAUAUGUCCUGUGUACUUUUGGUUAUUGUGAAGGAAGGAUAGAUGAAAAGCAAUUAUUUGAAACACAAAGUUGUUCAUAUAAAACAUUUCAAGCUUUUACUGUGUAUCCAUUGAUUGAUAAAUAGAGAUAGGUGCUGUUCUAUAUUUUGGGAUGAAUGGCAGUUUUUACAACACAAGACAAUUGUAAUUUCGUAUUAUGAAUGAAAAAAAGCACUAUAAUAACUUUGUAGUUAA